AUAUCAUUACGCAAUAAUAAAUCCCAAAAAGCCUCCAGCACGUGGUGAACGUCCCCCAAUAUCCCAAUUCCCCACCAUUAAUCCACCGAAUUCCAUGAAAAUCACUCCACUCGUCGCCAUAAAGACAUUCCAGUGGUGCCAGCAGUAAUGGCGUUGGCAUCGAUCUGUCGCUUGUCAAUUGAUUCGACCUUCAGUAGGUUCAGCCAUUUGGGAGCCACCGCCCGCCGCAGUCGCCCGUCCUCAGCAAGUCUCAUUAAAAGUUUUGCAGCGUCAGCUCUAAAAAUGCCUCUGCCACGUGUUUUCUUCGACAUGACCGCCAACAAUCAGCCGGUGGGUCGUAUCGUCAUGGAGUUGAGAACUGAUGUGACACCGAAAACUGCUGAGAACUUCCGCGCCCUCUGCACUGGGGAGAUGGGAUUCGGUUACAAGGGCAGCAGCUUCCACAGGGUCAUCCCCAAUUUCAUGUGUCAGGGGGGUGAUUUUACGAAUCACAAUGGCACUGGUGGAAAGUCAAUUUAUGGAACGAAAUUCCAGGAUGAAAAUUUCCAGCUGAAACACGUAGAGCCUGGACUAUUGUCAAUGGCUAAUGCUGGACCUGAUACUAAUGGAAGUCAGUUCUUCAUCACAUGUGCUAGGACUAGUUGGCUGGAUGGUAAACACGUUGUCUUUGGGAAGGUCAUCGAGGGAAUGGACGUUGUGAGACAGCUCGAAGCUCUCGGCGCCCAGAGCGGCAAGACCACCAAGAAGAUCGUCAUCGCCGACUGCGGUGAACUAUAAACUCCAAUUAAUCAGCCCUACAAUUAGCUGGUGAUUAUCUUCCUUCCUCUACGUCUCACCACAUUAAUCAGCGAAAGAAAUGAAACCUAAAGAUGAAUAAAGAGCAUUGAACAAAAGACGAACAACAAAUUCCCAUAUUCAACACACUAUUCACAACGUUCACCACUCCCUCAGGGUCAAGGUCACCCUGGGACAGUCCAACGUGCCCCCAAAACCAUCAAAAUUCAGCAAAAAAAACUCCAAAUCACUAAUUAAUCCUCACGAAAUUACCAACAAAUGUCGUUCCAACUCUCGAAAUUAGAACUUUUCUUUGUUCUAACUCUCAGUACUCGACUUUUCCAAUUAUCAAACCAUUAAUUAGUCGUUAAUUAACCAUUUGUUAGCCGGUAAUUAGUCCUGUCACGUGGUAAACUAUCAAAAUCGACGUUCAGUUCAGUGAUUUUUUAAUAAUUUUCUUUGUCCCUAGGGUUUUUCAGUCUUUUUAUCUGAUUUUUCGUACCUUCAGGGCCGAUUGUCAAACGGUUACACUCUUCCGGACCUUAAAAUACUGUCAGAAGGGUUGGGAGAAGGGUUUAGGGUGUGAUGAAGCUGAUUUUGUAAAUUAAUUACCGUAAUUUCGACUGUUUUUUUGUACAUUUUUGAGGUUAAGUUUCUUUGUCAGGUGAAUUAUCUGGUGAAUUUUUGGAUAAAUGACCUUCACCCCCUGGGGAAUGUCCUCAUGGUGGGGUUUAAUUGUAGACAACAGUCCUGAGACUGUACUGAAGAGUGUACUACCCUUGACCAAUCGUCGUUACUCCAUUUUCUACUUAAUAAAUUGUUUUCAGAAACAAUAA